AUGGAAAAGAAGAAGGGGGACAGACCUUACAAGUGCACGAUGUGCGACAAGGCCUUCCACAGGCUUGAGCAUCAGACGAGGCACAUUCGAACCCACACGGGUGAGAAGCCCCACCCUUGCACGUUUCCAGGUUGCAAUAAACGUUUCUCUCGUUCAGAUGAGUUGACGAGACACUUGAGAAUCCACAAUAAUCCGGCGAGCCGAAAGAGACCCAAUAAGUACCGCCAGGCCGACCCCAAGGAGCAAUCCUCCAUGAACGGUGUCCCUAUGGCAUCUAUUCCCGUCGGAUACGAUGGCCAACAACCUCAUUACUACCCUCCAGGCGCCUACCCAGUUUACUUUGUGCAGCCGGGAAUGCAGCCUAUCCAGGGCAUCCAGCAGUUCUCGCAAGUUCAGCAGAUUCAGGGCCACUACGCUGUGCCUCCAGGACAAGCAAUCGCUGUUCCUGUUUCCUACGAAGAUGGUCAAUACGUCGCUCAGCAUGUCCCGCAAGGCGUGCCAGUCCAGGGCGUUCCUGUGAACCACUACCUGACCUCGCCUAGCGAGACGCAAUCUCCUCCACAAUAUGGCCAGAAGAGUAUGGCACAGAUAGCAAAGCCUUUAGCCUCUCGCUUUGGUGCUCAGGCUUUGUCGCCAUCCACCGGUUCGCUCGGAAAGACCAGCAGUCUGGUGUCCAUCGGUUCGGCUGCUAAUACUUCUCAAGUGUUCAGCAACUCCAACACCGGCUCCCUGCCCAACUCAUCCGCUGCAUCAUCAACAAAUUCACCCGAAACCGCCAAGUCAGUCAAUCCCUUGAAGCCUGUGUCUCAGCAGAAUCAAACACCCUCGUUCUCAAACCUUAACGAUUACUUCCACAGGCUGCGUGCAUUCGGUUCCAACAGCUCGCUCAACAAACUCAAGACAAGCAGCUCACUGGGUAAUUUGGGAAACUUGAGCAGCUCGCUCUCUUCCUUCCAAAGAAUGACCCCUCUCAAGGUGACCUCGCCCUCGGCCCUGUUCCAGCUGGGAAUCAAGAAGCCAUCUUCUCUGACGCAACUCAACCUCGAGUUCACACAGCCAGUCAAGAAGUCUAGGCCAAACUCCCCGACUGGAUCGGCAGUCAACUUGUACAUGACGCCAAGUGUGGAUAGAAGCUUCACGAAUUCUCCACCAAGGCCUCACUCUGCCAUUACAACCCGCACGGGUAACCCUGCUUUCAUAAUCUCUCCUAACGAGACUCCACUCCAGACGCCGUCCCACUCCCCUCCACUACAAGCACAAAACUUGCCAGAGAAGGGGUUGAACUCGACGUACUUGUUUAGUGAGUUGGAGAAGCAGAAGCAGAAGGCAUCUGAGAGUAUAGCCGACAGCGGUACGACGCUUCCACCGAUCAGGUCGGUGUUCAAUUUCUCGAAGCAAGAUGGGUUGCAGCCUCUUCAUAUUCGGAAGGAAUAA